AUGAGCGCUUACGAGCUACCUCACGACCAAGUUGCAGCUUAUCACCUCGGGAAGCUCGAAGCUCAGCUUCUCGCCGAGCGCGAAGCCCGCACCCGCGCGGAGCAGGCCAAUGCUUAUCUUCUCCAACUCUACACUGAGCAGCGCGCCUUACCGACUUCGAGGGACCUCCCUUUGUCGAGCACUGCUCACGACGGUCCCAGGGCCGAGCACCUGCAACAGCUUCUCAAUGCCAGCGAGCGGCGAAUCGAAGAGCUCCAGCUGGAGAAGCUGAAGGCGGAGCAUCGGAAUGGCACAGGUCGCAAUGGUAGCGCGGGGGCUUCGGACAUGGUUCUUGGCCGUGCGCUUUAUGCGUCUCCUGCUGAGACGGAACCCAAGCUGCUUGCUCCGAGGACUGUCUGCAACCCGUCAGAGUCCAAGAAGUUUACCGACAUCCCAACGGCCGAGUGGAUGUAUCCGGUGAAGGAGGCCAAGCCAAAGCCCGAGCAUGCUGCAAAGCCGCACUUCAAAAGCUAUUUCGCCCCUGCCCCGGCCGCACCCGCCCAAGCUGCUGAGACGCAAGCUGCGGCUCGCCAGUUCGACGCGCCGCUGCCCCUCGGUUCGACCGACGCCGUGCACAGCGUUCCAGCACCCCAUCACAAGGACGAGACGACGCGCUUCGGCCGCUUCGAACGGGACUGCCCUCGUGCUCCUCGCUCCCACGGCCGGCCGCCGCCCAAUCCUCGCCCUCUCUACCCUCAGCCCUGGCCACCUCGUGCCCAUCCGCAGCUGCCGCCCCGGCCCUCCUUCGCAGCCACCGAUCUGAUCUCUUACGCCGACCUCGACCGGCCUGCCGAGCCUCCUCUGUCACUGCACGAGCAACCUUCACGCGGCUACCUGGAUUUCAAUGAGGACCUCUACGACGAGCCAUCGCCCGCAAAGACCGGCAAUGACGAGACGGCCACCAAGACUGCCACCGCCCAUCAGCUUCUCCCCGAGUCCCACGGACUCAAGCAGAGCAUCCACGCACGAAGCCCGCACUGGCCCGUCUUCGAGACGGCGCGGCACAAUCACCGCCACGUGGACGUCACCGAGAUCCCCUCUGUAGACUCGGUCGCCAGCCUCUUGAACCGAGUCGCCGGGAGCCACUUUCUCCUCUCCGCCACCCCGCCCAAGAAGACGGUCCGUGUCGUGUCGCCCCUCGAGGUGGAGAGCAGCUACGCCCUGACGCUGGAGUUCGCCCGCGGCGACGCCGCCGCCGACUUCGUUCGCUCCGCCGAGGGCGAUGCGCUCGAGCGCGGCCUCAAGGCCACCCAGCGCUGCGACCGGCCCAGCCCGCUUCUCCCGCGCGAGCUCGGCGAGGCCGUCUGGCGCCACGGCGCGACCAGGACGCUUGUCAUCGACGAGCCCGGGGCCGCCCUGCGCGUGCCGGCGAACCUGCGGUAUCAAAUCGAACACUGUCCGUACACGACCGGCAGGAAGGACGGCGAUGGGAGACUGCAGAGGUCGCCCGAGUUCCUGCACGACGGCUCUAUCAGGCUGGUCUUCUGGGACGUGAGGGAUGCGGUGGUGGCGUACAGGACGUGGACCACGAGUCCGCUGUUCAGGCAGGCGGAGGUGAACUACGAGAGAGACGGCGUGCUGCCGGAGCUGGAAGACGUCGAGAAGAAGACCGUUCAGAGGAGCGACGAGAAGGGCGACGAAGACGCCAAGAGAGACGAGUCCGAUGGAAAGCAUGCCGGAACCCGCGGUACUGCCAUCUCCGAUCCCCCGUUGGUCGAGGUUGAUGUCGAAAAGGAGGAAGAUGACGGCUACGCCGCCGGUAGCAGCGAGGACAUGGAAAAUUCCAUCACGUUCUCCCCGACGAAGGAUGCGCGAAGUCAUGGCAAGCGGAGCCCCAUCCUCCCAAGCCAGCGCCGUCCCGUCGGAGUCUGCCUCCCUUCCAACCAGGAAGAUGCCAAGGGCUCCUCCACCGGGGACGUUGACAGCUACGAUGACGACCCCGACGACACUGAGGAGGGCGAGAUCCGCGAGUUCCUGGCCGCCGCGACGGAGAAGCCACUCGCUUCUGAUGCCCUCCCUCCGCCGCCGAAAACGAUGACGAGCACUUCGACGCUGUCGGUUGAUGGCAUUCCCUGCGGCUAG